AUGCUUCUGAAGGCCUCUUCUGCUUUGUCCGCCCGUCCCGCCCCCUCCGAGGCUGCGGCGGCCUUCUCUCCUUCUUCCUCUCCUCUGACCUCGUCUGUUAGGCUCUCGCCGUGGAGGACGAGGGAUGGACGAGGAAUGGUGGCCAUGGCGGCCAGCGAUGCCGGCAACCGCGCCCUCACUGGCGUGGUCUUUGAGCCCUUCGAGGAGGUGAAGAAGGAGCUCUCCCUCGUCCCAUCGGCCCCUAACCAGUCACUGGCCCGCCAGAAGUACACCGAUAACUGUGAGGCUGCCAUCAACGAGCAGAUCAAGUAUGAGCCACCACGAUCUUCUUGAUGUGUUUAUGGACUUUUUUUUUCCUAUUUUCUACUCGUUGCAGACUUCGCCUUCUCUUGCUCUGUUUCUUCGUUCCUCUGUUGCGACCUUUCCGGCGGUGUCCAUGAAAGUAUAGAUCUGAGAGUAUCCUUUUCGGCUUUUGAAGAAUCUUUCUUUCCCUGUUCUUCUUGAUCUCUGGGUUUGCUCUUCGACAUGAUGUUCAAAUUUUCUUCCGAUGACUGACCCGUCUGCGUUUUUUGGCCCUGCGUUGAAUCUGCAGCGUGGAAUACAACGUCUCCUAUGCCUACCAUGCGCUGUUCGCCUACUUCGACAGAGACAACGUCGCCCUCAAAGGCCUCGCCAAGUAAAUCCCGAGAGAACAGAGCACCCCUCUUUUCUGCCCAUCCAGAUCUAUUUCUGAUCACCUUCGUCUGUCUCUCAGGUUUUUCAGGGAAUCGAGCGAGGAGGAGCGUGAACAUGCCGAAAAGCUGAUGAAAUAUCAGGUGCUCGUGAAUGAAAUCCCUCUUUUAUUUCACUGCGCGGUCUCUGAAUCGUUUUCUUUUCUUUUCACUGCGCGGUCUCUGAAAUUUUUCCUUUCUUUUCUUUAGAACAAGCGCGGUGGUAGAGUGAAGCUUCAGUCCAUUCUGAUGCCCCUUAGCGAGUUCGAUCACGAGGAGAAGGGAGAUGCGCUGUAUGGUAAGAGCUACAAGUUCUCCGAGAAAUUGGCAUUGCUUUUAUGAUUUCUGACUGCCUAAUGAAUGCUCGAUCGUUGUUCUUGUUCAGCGAUGGAGCUCGCUCUGUCCCUCGAGAAGCUGGUGAAUGAGAAGCUUCUUAAUCUACACGGGGUAAGGGGCCUCGAGCUACAUUGAUCUCUGCUCAUCGGAGAGUGGGUGGGUAGCUCCUUCAUCCCUGCUCUUGCUCACCUUGUCUCCCUCCAUUGGGCAGGUAGCAACGCAGCACAACGACGUUCAUUUGGCCGACUUCAUCGAGAGCGAGUUCUUGGAAGAACAGGUAACGAGAGCAUCCUUCUGUGAUUUCCUGCACCCACCCAGUUUCUCAAUCUGAUGAAUCUCCCACCCGCAGGUUGAAGCGAUCAAGAAAAUAUCCGAGUACGUGACUCAGUUGAGGAUGGUCGGCAAGGGACACGGUAAUAUAUAUUAAAUUUGAAAAAAAAAAAACACAUCACGAGCGAUCAUUUCCCCUUUCGGCAUUCAUUCAUUCAUUCAUUCAUUCGAUCUUGGAACUGGUCUGGUCAAAUGGGUUUAAUUUAUUAUUGGGUGGGUAUUUCGUGUUUUAUUUUCCAGGAGUCUGGCACUUCGACCAGGUGCUUCUUCGCGAGGGCGAUGCUCUAUGA